AUGCCGGCUGCCGAGCAAAACUAUGGCCCCGGGGCCAAAUGGAUCAAAGAUCUCACCAAGAACCGCCUGGGCACGUUCAACGGCGGCCACUUCUCCGACGUGAACCUCUCGUCGGUGCUCUUCACCCAGCGCAUCGACGGCGCCGAGCACGUCAAGCUCCAAGUGUGGAGCGCCCCUGGCCUCACGAAGCCGUCGUUCCAGGAGGCCAUGACGAAGGAGUUCAAGCCCGCGAAGAAGGGCGACUCGUUUGGGCCGUCUUGUGAGUUGACGAAUCACUGGUGGAAAGUCACCGUCAAGAUCCCAUCCGAUUGGGAGCAGUAUGAACGCGUUCAAUUCGAAUUUGAUCCCGGUUGCGAGGCCAUGAUAUUCGCCACUGACGGCACGCCGUUACAAGGGAUAACCGGGGGAUAUGGCGGCGACAGACGCGUCGAAUACAUCCUCCCACACGACGCGCGCAAGAAAGGCACGCACGACUUCGUCAUCGAAUCCAGCUGCAACGGCAUGUUCGGCGUGCCCUGGAACGGCGACACCAUCGCCCCACCCGACAUGAACCGCACCUUCCAGCUCGCCUCCGCGGACCUCGUCGUGCCGAACCAAGAAGCGUGGGGCCUCAUGUGGGACUUCGACGCGCUGCGCGAGAUCGUCGACGCACUCCCGGGCACCAGCGCGCUCCAAAACCGCGCCCUCGCCGUCGCGAACGCGAUGAUGAACGCGUUCGACCGCGGCGACCCUGCCUCUAUCGGUGCCGCGCGCGCGCUCGCCGAGCGCGUGUUCGGCGCGGGGUGGGCGGCGAAGCAGGAGCGCAUCUACGAGGAGGGCCCCACGGACGCGCAGAUCUGGGGGAUCGGGCACUGUCACAUCGACACGGCAUGGCUGUGGCCGUACAGCGUCACGCAACAGAAGGUCGCGCGCUCGUGGUCGACCCAGGUCGACCUCAUGGACCGCUAUCCCGAGCACCGCUUCACCUGCAGCUCUGCGCAGCAAUACAAAUGGCUCGAGCAGCUCUACCCCCCGCUCUUCGCACGCGUCAAGGAGAAGGUGCGCUCGGGGCAGUUCCACCCCGUGGGCGGCUCGUGGGUCGAGAACGACGCGAACAUGCCGUCGGGCGAGGCCCUCGCGCGCCAGAUGAUCUUCGGGCAGCGCUUCUUCGAGUCGCGGUUCGGGAAGCGCUGCGACACCGCGUGGCUGCCCGACUCGUUUGGCCUCACGGGCGCGCUGCCGCAGCUGAUCAGGCUUUCGGGGAUGGACUACUUCUUCACGCAGAAGCUGUCGUGUAAUGUGUUCCCUCACUCGACGUUCAACUGGGUCGGCAUCGACGGCACGCAGGUUCUCUGCCACAUGACGCCCGUCGACACGUACACUGCGCAGGCCACGGUGGGUGACGUUCAGAAGGGCGUGCGCAACCACAAGAAUCUGGAAUCGAACUCGACGGCGCUGCUCGUGUUCGGAAACGGCGACGGCGGCGGGGGCCCGCUCGCGAAGAUGCUGGAAAACCUCCGGCGUAUCCGGGGAGUCGCGAACAACUCGCGCGAGCUCCCGCCUGUCGUUAUGGGACGGUCGGUGGACGAGUUUUUUGAGGAUGCUAAGAGGCAGUCGGAUGGCGGGAGCGCGUUGCCUAAUUGGCAUGGCGAACUGUACCUCGAGUUUCAUAGGGGGACGUAUACUUCUCACGGCUCUAUCAAGAAGGGUAACCGCAAGUCCGAGAUAUUGAUGCGAGAUGUCGAGCAUCUUGCCACCCUGGCUUCGGUGUACAAGAGGGAGCAGUACUCGUACCCGAAGGAAAAGAUCGACAAUAAUUGGGAAAAACUGCUCUUGAACCAGUGUAUCGGCAUGGUUUAUGACGACGCCGAGAAGCUCUACGCGGAGAUCCGCAAAGACGGCGAGGCGCUCUUCGACGAGGCGCUCCACGCGCUCUUCCCGUCCUUCGUGCCCCUCACGGCACAGAUCCCCGCCGGGUCCACGCUCGUCGGGCUCAACACGACGUUCCUCCCGCGCCGCGACAUCGUGAAAGUGCCGCUCGAGGGCUCGGGGAAGGACCUCCAGGCCAGCGUUCUGCAGACGUCGAGGGACGGGAAGGUCGGGUACGUGUUGAUGUCCUCGGUGGAGGGCGCGGACGUGGCGCGCGCCGUGACCUCGGCGGAGAACGUGGACGCUCCUCGCGUGCAUGUCAGCGGGGAGGGCGGCUUUGUGCUGAAGAACUCUAGCGUGCAGCUCACCGUGGCCGGUGGACGGAUCACGAGCCUACUCGACGUCAGACUCGGACGCGAAUUGAUCGCGAAGGGCAAGACGGGAGGGCUGAUCAUCUUCGAGGAUCGCCCCAACUACUGGGAUGCCUGGGACGUCGAGAUCCACCACCUUGAGAAGUGGCAGGAGCUCAAGUUCUCCGAUGCAAAGGUCGUCGCCGAGGGACCGCUGCGGGCAUCCGUGUCUACACAGGUCAAGUACAAGAAGAGCACGAUCAACGUCACGAUUUCGCUCGGUGCGAUCAGUGCGACGCUGAAGCCGAACUCGCGCCCUUACUUCGUCUUCGAUGCCGAAGUCGACUGGUUCGAGCGCCACGAAUUCCUCAAGUUCGAACUCCCCUUGGACAUUCACAGCGAUGUCGCUACCUACGAGACACCGUUCGGCCAUGUCCAGAGGCCGACACACAAAAACACGACGUGGGACGCGGCCAAGUUCGAGGUUUGCGGCCACAAGUACGCGGACCUGAGCGAGUUCGGGUACGGCGUGGCGAUCCUGUCCGAGUCCAAGUACGGGUUCUCGUGCCAGGGUGACGUGCUCCGUAUCUCGCUCCUGCGCGCCGCGACGGCGCCGGACGCGGAGCAAGACCAAGGGAAACACGAAUUUUCGUGGGCUGUGCUGCCGCAUCAGGGGCACUUCCUCGAGUCGGACGUCCCCAUUGCCGGGUUCCUCUUCAACUCGCCGUUGCACGUGCGCGCUAUCCCCGCCGGCAGCGAGGAUGCCGCGCCGCCGCCGCGCCCGCUGGCGCUGGCGGGCGCGCACAACGUGAUUCUCGAGACGCUGAAGCGCGGGGACCUGGACUCGGACGCGGCGGGGCGGCGCACGGUCGUGCUGCGGCUGUAUGAGGCGUAUGGCGGGCACGCGCGCGCGGAUCUGCGCGUGGCCGGGACGCUGCCGGUCGUCGCGGCGUACGCGACGAAUCUGCUCGAGGACGACGCGGGCGCGGAGCCGCUCGAGUUCGUGCGCGCGCCGGGCGACAACGCGGCGGCGGACUACGUCGUACCGCUCGAGUUUAGGGGCUUUGAGGUCAAGACGGUGAAGCUGGUGCUGGCUCGGCAAGGGUGAGAGUCCCAUCUGUGUGUGUUCGAGCGGUGGCGAUGUCUCUGCUGUAUUGUCGGUGGAUUUGUAUUCGAGAAGACAUGCGAAGAAGGAUAGCUGGGUCACUGUGGAGAAGGCCGACGCGAUGGCCUGAAGGAAUGAUCGGGAGUCGGUCUUGGAGACUGCCAGUAUACCGCGAAGAGGUUGUACCUGUAACCCUGUAUCAACACCUAGGAUCUUUGAGAACGCUGUUGCAUGAUAUUUUCC